AUGGAAAAAGAUCGAGAAGCCUGGGAAGAGGAGAGAGGACAGUGGUGGAACAAACGACACAAGAAGGACGAACAGAGACGAGAGCAGGAGCAUGAGAGACUUGAGAAACUGGAGCAAGAAUACAAAGAUAAAAUGGAAAAGGACAGAAUAAAGAAAGAAGCAGAAGAUCAAGACAGACUGGAGCAAGAGGAGAAGAAGAGGAAGAGGUUGGAGGAAAGACAUGAGAAACAAGUCGAGGAACUGAGAACGACGUUUGAGGAAGAAGCUCGCAAGAAGGCGGAAGAGUUCAACGACUUCAAACGUAAGAAGGACAUGGACUUUGCAGCUCUGAUCGACAAACACUUGCAAGAAGUUAAUGACCUUAAAAGGGAGAUUCAAGAGCGGCAGAAAGAAUAUGAAGCAUUAGAAAAUCUGGCUUCUCACAAAGAGACAACUCUGAAAGGUGAAAUGGAGAAUCAGCUCAAGAAGCACAAGAAUCAGAUGAUUGAUUUGGCCAUCGUGGUUUUAAUGAAAAAUAAAGAAAACCACAAAAAAAGAAUUAAUAUCCAGAAAAGACAUAAAGAAGAACGAAGAAAAUGUAAUGAAGAAAUAAAGAAAAAGUUUGAACAAAAAGAAAAAGACGAAAGGGAGGAGUUGGAGGCAAAACAGAGACGAGAGAUGAAAACUCUGGAACAGGAAACUAAUAAAGAUGAACUAAAGAAAAGAAAGAAAGAUCUGUCUGCUCAACACAAAGAACAACUGACACAACUGAGGUCUGACUUACGGAGCCGGAAAGAAAGGAAGAUGGAAAGUAAAAUUAAGAAACUUGAGCAAAAGCAAAUGGAAGAAAUGAAUGAAUUCACAGAGAAUGUCAUGAAGAAACAUGAGGAAGAGCUGAAUCAACGAAUCCAAGAGUUAGAGGAGAAACAGAAGCAAGAGAUAGAAGAGUUGAAGAAGAAAUCUGGGGGCACUGAGAGAGUAGUGGAGAAAAUGAAACAUGAACAGGAGAUGAAUGACAUCAAGAAUAAGAUGAUACCUGAAGAAAGAGGAUGUCCCAUUUCAUAA